AUGGGAGGAGUUCGUUUUUUAUCUAUUGAAUUUAAAACCUUCGAAUUCAUUCUUGAAGGAGGAGGGGUUCACAGUAUACGUAUAAAUGAGUUGGGAAGGGGUUUUGUUCACUCAGUGGUUCUGGGGAGAGGAUGUGCCAUUAGAGUGGCCGGUGCCAUUGAAGACCUCAUCUCUAAACCAUACAUUGAGUCUUUCGCCAGAACUUUUCGGGUGGGUGAUACUGUUAUUUUCUUGCAACGCUGCUCUAACCGGAAAGGCAGGUUUAUCUCUAUUCAGGAAAUCCAUAGAGGAGGACGCAAGGGUACUAUUAUUAUUCCAGAGGGGAGAAAUGGUGUUGGUUGGCGUGGGUUUGGGGUGGAGUUACGCCGGCAUUGUGUCCCUGAGGUCAAGCAUGGUGUUCUGAGUCCUGUUCCGACGAAUCAGCAGAAAAUUGAAGCCGAAAAAGUUUUGUAUGCUGAGGCGGCGUCUUCCACCGCCUUACCGGCCGGCGAUGCUAAAGGAAAGCAGGCGGUUAUUAAUUUGGGGGACAGUACAGAGAUUGUGCAGGAUUUUCAGCCGAAAAUGGAAAAGAUUUCGCUCAAUAUGGCAACCUGUAAUUCUGACAGUACGGGGACAGAGACGGGGAGGUUACAAUUUUGUUUGAAUAUCCAAAUUGUGCGUGGGCUGGAUGGGGCUUGGGGGGUUAAGCAAGCUAAUAUUUGUGGACACAAGCAAGGCCCAGAGUUCCCUUGUGGGCCUAAUCCUCGAAUUGACUUGAAGCCCAAUAGAUCACGCCCUCAUAUGAGAUUUCAUAAGCCCAAAACAAAAUUUGUUUGGAGGCCUAAAGCAGUCUCAAAGGCUAAAUCAAUUCAGAAUCAAUUUGGCCCUAAACCCAUAGCACCGUUUCGAAGCUCUCUGGAGGGAUCUGUGUUGAACCCACUGUCAAGUGCUCCAGCGAAGGUCUCGACCCCUACGAACGGUCCGAAGCCGGCGUUGACUGCGGAUAUGGAAGCCACAGGAGAGUGUGGAUCAAAAUUUGAUGACGUAGUGAUUGUUGUAUCUAGAUUUGAAAGGGGUACGAGUCGGCCUGCCCAUUAUCAUGUCUUGCUUGAUGAAAUUGGUUUCUCUCCUGAUGAUCUACAAAAUCUUAUCCAUUCACUGGCAUACGUGAACCAAAGAAGUACAAAUGCUAGCUCACUAGUUGCACCAAUAUUUUAUGCACAUCUUGCAGCCCAUCAAAUGGGACAGUUUCUAAAGUUCGAGGAUUUUUCUGCAAGUUCGUCUGGACAGGAAAGUAUCCCCGUCCCUCAGCUGCCCAGAUUGCACGAGGACGUUGCAGGUUCCAUGUUCUUUUGUUGA